UUGCAAAUAAGAUUCAAAUUCAACAGCCACUUAUAUAUAUCGUUGUACAUCAUUUAUGAAUUACACAUAUGUGUUUAAAAAUUUCUCAAUGUAUUUUACACUUUUUCUUAAUAUGGCAACGCUCUUUUGAAUAUUUACACAAAUAAUAAACUUCAAACAUCUCCUUUCUUGUCAACAAAUUCAUAUUGAAACAACCUUCUAUAUUUUUAAAUCAUGGCUUGAAUCCUUUUAUUCUAUUAAAAACAUUUAAGUAAUAACUUCAAAAAUAUUUACAAACAAACUAGACAUUGAACAGUGCACAACAAAUAACCUGUCGGAUACAUUUAUCUAAAAAAAAAUUAAAUAAAAACUAAAAGAAAAUUAAAAAUUCAACAAGUGUAUUUUGUGUUAACAACAGGUAAACAGAAUAGUGAACAAUUUCUUGGAAAAUUAUGGAAACAAUUACAACAACAACCUUACCGCAAGAGGGUUUAGUUAAAAUAAUAAAAAGUGCCUUUAACUCAAGGCUGUUAACUCUAGCCUAUGAUAACUUGAAACCAGAAUGUCUUGUACCUGAAAGAUUUCUUAAAGAAGCUUGUAAAUCAUUACGUCCUGCAGUUGAUUCCUUUUUAAAAAAGCAUUUUGCUUUCAAAUACAACAUAGUACUUUACGCUACUUAUGCUAAACUUAAUCUAAAGGAUUUAGAAAAUACAGUCGUGGAGUUGAAACAUUUUCAAACUGACAUAAAAUAUGUUUUCGAUAUUAAAAGUUAUGAUGAGCUAUUUGCCCAAAAUAUUGAAAACAUAAUACGGCAAACCGAAGAAUUCCCUGGCAAUGGCGGCAGUUGGACUUUAGUGCAGUUAAUUAAAAUGGAAUUAAAUUUACAAAGAUAUCAACCUUUAAAAGGUUCCAGUUAUAUACCAUUACCGCUGAAAAUACAUCUGAAAAAAGCCUGUAUAAAUGUUAAAAAUAAUGAUGUUUACUGUUUUAAAUGGGCUAUAUUGGCGGCACUAGCUGAAGUUCGUAAAGAUGCCUGUUAUACAAGUAAAUACAAAGUGCAUAAUAUAAGCUCGGAUAUUAUACGUAUCAAAAAUUAUAGUUUAAAUUUCAAGGGUUUAAGUUUUCCUCUCAAACUUAAUGAUAUAUCGAUUUUUGAAGAGAAUAAUCGAGAUAUAAGUGUAAAUGUAUUUUGUUAUGAUGAAGAAAAUCAGAAAAUUGUUGGUCCCUAUUACAAGAGGAGGGCGAGAAAAGCAAAACAUAUAAAUCUAUUGUUUAUUGAAGAACGUAAUGGAGAGGAAUCAAAUUCACAUUAUGCAUGGAUAAAGAAUAUGUCAAGAUUACUUAGAAAUCAAAAAACCGCAUUCGAAGGAAAAAUCUUUGUAUGUGAUGAUUGCCUGCAACAUUUUCAUAAAAAGGAUAAAUUAGAGGAACACAUUAAUAAUGAUUGCCAAAGUAUUGUAAAUAUACCCAAAAGAGAUAAGUCUAUAUUAGAAUUUAAGAAUUGUGAUAAAACCUUAGAUGUGCCAUUUGUUAUUUAUGCAAAUUCCAGUUAUAUAUAUGAAAAAUCAGAAAUCGAAAAUACUUCCAAGCCUUAUGCAUUUUGUUAUUAUAUAAAAUGUAAUUUUAAUCAAAAUUUAGAUAAAUUAUGUUGUUUUAAAGCACCUAAUGCAACGGCAGAAUUUAUUAAGAGUUUAAUUAAAGAUGUCAAUUACUUUUAUUGUAAUUUUCUAACAAAGUUAAAACCGGUAAAAAAUCAAAAUUUAUGUGUAAGUGAACAGCUAGAUUUUCUAGAAAACAAUAAGUGUCACAUUUGUUCGGAUGAAAUUAACAAAGAGGAUAAAGUUAAAUCAUAUUGUCAUACAACUGGCAAAUAUCGUGGUCCUGCCCAUUAUUUUUGUAUUGUAAAUUUUAAAUUAUUAAAUUUUUUUCCAGUUAUUUUUAAAAAUUUCUCUAAACAUGAUUAUCAAUUAUUUGCUAAAGAGUUGUAUAGUUUUGACAAUGAGGCUGCAAAUAUUACUGCACAGUAUAACGAUUCAUAUAUAUCGCUAGCAAAAACCAUUAAUACGGAUAUAGGUGCUAAAAUUGAAAUAAGACUUUUAGACUCUUCUAGGUUUAUGCCAAAUAAAUUAGCAGAUCUAGUUAAGACUAUGAAAAUUAAAGAUUUUAAAAUAAUUAAAUCCAUGUUUCCUAAUGAUGAGAACAAGUUUAAUUUACUUAUAAGAAAUGCAAUUUUUCCCUAUAACUAUUUGAAUUCAAUGGAAAAACUAAGCGAUACUUGUCUACCAGGCAGAGAAGAAUUUUACAAUCAUUUAAGUGAAAAAGAAUGUUCUUUAGAAGACUAUAAACAUGCCCAUGAUAUCUGGUCCACAUUUAAAUGUAAAACUUUACAAGAUUAUUUAGUAAUGUAUUUAAAAUCUAAUGUUAUACUUCUGGCAGAUGUUUUUGAAAACUUUAGAGGAGUUUGUAAAAGUAGUUAUAGCUUAGAUCCCUGCCAUUAUUAUACAGCAGAGGAACUAUCUUGGGAUGCUAUGUUAAAAAUUACAAAAAUUAAAUUUCCUUUAAUAACUGAUAAAACUAAGUUAACAUUUUUACAAAAAGGUUUACGUGGUGAUGUGGCGGUCUGUGCAAAAAGACAUGCCAUAGCAAAUAAUAAAUAUCUAGAUGAUUAUAAUGAUCAAAUGCCAGCAAAAUAUUUAAUACAAUUUAAAGAUAAUAGCUGGUACGAAUGGGCCAUGUCACAAGUUUUGCCACAAAGUGAUUUUGAAUGGUUGACAGUCAAUGAAAAUUUUUCUUUAGAUUCUUUAACAAAUGAUCACAAAUAUGGUUACAUAUUAGAGGUAGAACUGAAAUAUCCUCAAGAAGUGCAUGACUUACAUAAUAGCUUACCCUUUUGCAGUGAAAAGAAAGCGCUUAACGAUUCCAAAGAAGAGAAAUUAUUUGCAGAUUUAAAUCAUAAAUAUAAUUAUGUUAUUUACUAUAAAAAUCUACAACAAUGUUUAAAACAUGGUUUAAAAUUAGAAAGAAUUCAUAAAAUACUUAAAUUUAAACAAACAAAUUGGUUAAAAAGUUACAUUACUUUAAAUUCAAAUGGCAAGACAUGUUUUGAAAAACAUGUCUUUAAAUUAUUGACUAAUGCUCUAUACAAUAAGAUCAUUGAAAAACGUUACAAGGAUACAAUUAUCAAAUUUGUCAAUAAAUGGGAAAGUGAGGGUAAAAAAAUGGGUAUUCGUGCUUAUAUAGCUAAACCUGAAUUUAAAAAUGUUCAUAUAUUUGGUGAAAAUCUAGUGGCAGUAGAAUUGGAUAAUACCUAUUCAUAUUAUAAUUCGAUUUAUUUAGAGUUUAUUUUAUUAGAAUUGUUUAAAUGGAAAAUGUAUAAUUUUCAUUAUGAUUGUAUGAUGCCGAAAUAUAAUAAAAAUUUGGAGUUAAACUAUAUAGAUGCUAAUGUAUUUAUUUAUACUAUAACUAUUAAGGAUAUUUAUAAUGAUUUAUGUUUAUUAAAGAAUUUCAAGAUUAAUGGUAAAGCUAUAUUAAAAGAAUUUAUAGGUUUAAGAUCGAAAAUGUAUUCUUUAAAAAUCAUUAAGAAUUUUAACAAUAACAAAAAUAUUAAUUGUUUAAGUAAUUUAAAGUAUUGUUUUUUAAAUAAAACACUUAAUAAUCUACCAAUUAGUGUAUUUAAUUCAAAAUUACAUAAUUUGUAUAUAGAACUGCUUAAGGAUAAAUACUCAAGAUAUUUAGAUAAUAAGAGAAUAAUGUAUUUAGAUAACAUUCAUACUCUGGCUAAAGGUUAUUCACAUUAAUGUAUUGUAAAUUGAAUGCAUUUGUUUUUUAAAAUAAAUUAAUAAUUUUAAAAAU